CUCCCCUCUGUAAUUCCUUCCGCCAUCUCUCUUCACUCUCCCUCCCUCCAGAUUCACAUAAUUUUUCUCCUCAAACCAACCCAAUCUUUCUCUUCUCGCUACUUAAUUUCCAAAUCCAGUUUUUUCAUACCACAAUUGAAACCUGUUUGGUGCUCAAAUCAAGUUGUUUUUUCAAUGGCAUCCGAUAAUUUGAUGGCGAUGGAGCAGCCGUGGAUGUUCCGCCCCACAUUCGGCGAUUCCUGGAUCGCCGACAUCUUCACCAAGGAAACCGAUACCCUAACAAAGGUUCUGCAGAAGUCGAUCUCCACUACCUCGUCCGACGGCGACGCCUUCUCCGCCGAGAUGGCCUUCGCCAAGCCAUCUCCGCCGACCGCCUCCGGCGGCUCCGAGAACGACGCUGCAGUAUCGAAGCAGCGGCGGAGCCUGCCGCCGUGCGGGAGGGUCUCGAAGCGGAAGUCGCGCGCGUCGAAGCGCGCCACCACGACUUUCAUCGCGGCGGAUCCGGCGAACUUCCGGCAGAUGGUGCAGCAGGUGACUGGGGUGAGGUUCAGCGGGCAGCUGGCGGUGCUGAAGCCGGAGCCGCAGAGGGCGUUCGGCCGGGUGCAGCAGCCGUCAUUUGACACGCCGGCGGCCUUGCUGGAUGGCUCAACCGCCGCGGCGCCGGCGCCGUAUAUGGAUGGGGGUCCGAGCGCGGCGGCGAUUGGGUUGGAGUCGUUUUGCAGCUUCCCGACGCUGGAGUCGUGGAAGGUUAUGUAGUAAUGGCGGAGUGAAAUGUAAUUUUACUUCUGUUUAUGUGUUUCCAAGUUAGAGAGGUUUGAGGGAGAGGGAUCUGUUAAUAUCUGUGGUUGGGGGAGUUUAAAGGGAGAUCAAGUUGUCUUGUAACUCUGUUUUCUAAUUUCCAUUACGUUUUUUUCAGUUUAUUA